AUUUGUCAAAAAACUAUAAAAUGAAAUUUUCAAAUCAAUUAUGUAAAACAUUAAAAAGAAAUAUAUUAAGCAAAAGUUUAAACUAACUGAAAGAAUGAAGUUCUACAUAUUUCUGAUGUUUAUUUUGCAUAUGUCGCAGGGAUUACCACCUAUAAAGCCCUGUUUACCAGUUAACUGUUUGGUUAAUCCAUGUAUUAAUUAUAAUUGUUCAAUUGGUUCACAAUGCGUUCCAAACUACUGUAACGGUUGCAACGCUGUUUGCAAACCGUGUCCAAUCACCAUCUGUAAACCAUGCAGAUUACUCUGCCCGUUCCGUAGUAGAUGUGUAGUAAAAAAUAAUUGCGGAAAAUGCACCUAUUCGUGUACCAAGCCAAUUAUUCCAAUAACAUGUCCGUUCACCAUCUGUAAACCCUGUAAAUUAUUUUGCAAGUUCGGUAGUAGAUGUGUAGUAAAGAACAAUUGCGGAAAAUGCACGUAUUCGUGUUCCAAGCCAAUUAUUCCAACAUUUUGUCCGUUCACCAUCUGUAAACCCUGUACAUUAUUCUGCAAGUUCGGUAGUAGGUGUAUUGUAAAAAAUAAUUGCGGAAAAUGCACGUAUUCGUGUUCCAAACCAAUUAUUCCAAUCUUUGAAAUAAAGAAAGAUUAAUGGCUACAUGCAAAGAAGAUUGCUACAAAGAACAAAAAUUUUGUAAAUAAGCAGUUAAAAGUUGUAACAAAAGUAAAAUUUUGAAAUAUAACCUUGUGUUUCGUACUUUA